GGUCUCUUCCUAGAGGCAUGUUAUCUUGCCCAGCGGUUUGGGUGUCUUAUCGUAGAAACAAAAUGUAGCGAAAACACGGUCUCUCCAUAUGCAGAUGUUACUCAACGCUCAUUUCGAUUUUAGCCUUGCUGGCAUAUGGUUCACUCACGUUUUCGGGUUGAAUUUAAAUUUUAGGCAUUUUUUAGUUUUUUGGGCAUUUUGAAGGUUCUAAAUACCACAUCGUUCAGAGUUAAUCUCUGUGAGCAUUAUAAUAACAUUGCAAUAAAAGGAACUCGUCACAGACAAUCUGUCGGUAAAAGAUCGUCACAAUGGGAACAAUGGACUUAAUAACAGUGAUUUGGUACGUCGCCACCCUGAUUGCGCUGAUAUCGUUCUUCGUCGUCAUGGCGUGCGCCGAUUCAACCAGAUGCUUCUCAACAAAACCACCUGAUGAAGAGAUACCACCGCCGCCAACUCCGGCACCCUCGUAUCGGUUGUUUGCGCCACCGAGCUACGAGUCGGUCAUCGCGGCGAAGCAAAACAACAUUUUUAUUAUCUCCGUAAACGCCGGCGAAGGCGGAGAGCAGCGUGGUCACAUGACUGAAAAUUUAGUGACAAAUCUCUCGAGUGUGAUAGAAACCAGCGAGGAAACUAACCGACCAGUUAGUCCAACAUCCAGUGCACCGGCAGUGUGUCCAAGGUGUUCUCGAAGUUCGCUAUCAGUGAAUGUGUAAAUUAGAUAGAAAUUACUAUAAUUAGCUAGAUUAGAUACUUUUAAAUUUGAUACUGCUUCAAGCAGAACUGUGAUUUUAAGCUGGUGGUCUAUUAUUCGUAAUAUUCAGCGAUAACUUCUUCGUGAAACAGGUGUAUAAAUUGGAUAGAAAAUGAUUCAAUGAUGAAUUUACAAUUCGCCACCCUAAAUGUGAGAUAUCGCAAAUCAUACUUAAAUGCGGUAUAUUUUGUGCGCAUUGUGAUAUGAAUCGAUCCAGUCCGAUAAUCGGGCUGGAUUUACCAUCAAAUGUGUCAGUGCAAUAACGUAAUUCUGAUAAGAGUUGUGAUGCAGACUGAAAAGAUAAGAAAACUAGUAUUGUGGUUGUUUGACAGAGUUUCCUCAAGCUUCAUUCAUUCUGGGGAGAUAAGAGCAACACACCCUCUGCAAGUUUACGUUGUGAAUUUUUGUAAAAUUAUUUUAUUUAGUUAGAUAAGCGCUGAAAAAUAAAUUUAUAUAAUAAACGACAAA